CUUCCGGGUCAGAGAUCGUGGAUUAUAACCUCGGAACACGUGGAACGAACAUAAAAACAUGGAUACCGAAUCUCAUGAGAAAUUGCAAGAAAAAAAGAAGAAGCAGAAGAAAAAAAUGACAAAACAGAAGAAACCAAAAAGAUCGCCAGAAGAAAAUGAGCCACAAGAAGCUGUCAAAGAGCCCGAGAAUCUUGAUAAAGAUUCACAGCCUGUUUUUCCGCCAACAUUCAGUGUGUCAGAAAUAAAAAACAAACAACGGCGACACAUUAUGUUCAUGAAAUUUAAACAAGAGAAAAGAAAAGCAAAGAUGGCCUUGAAGAAGAAAAUUAAAAAGCAGAGGGAAGCUCUUGGUGAUAAGGCACCACCAAAGCCAGUCCCCAAAACUAUAGAGAAUCAAAGAAUCUAUGAUGAAACUACAGUGGAUCCAGAAGAUGAAGAGGUGGCUUUUGAUGAAGGAACGGAUGAGUUUUCCGCUUACUUUAACCGGCUGACGAGUCCCAAAGUCCUUAUUACGACAUCCGACAGGCCCAGAGGGAGGACGGUGCGGUUCUGUGAGCAACUUGCCACCAUCAUACCAAAUGCCCAUGUUUACUACCGAAGAGGCUUGGCGCUGAAGAAGAUCAUUCCUCAGUGCAUAGCCAGAGAUUUCAGCUACCUUAUGGUCAUAAAUGAGGAUCGCAAAGUGCCCAAUGGCCUUGUCCUUUGUCACCUGCCAGAUGGGCCAACAGCACACUUUAAAGUCAGCGGUGUGCGUCUUCGCAAGGAAUUGAAGAGACGGGGGAAAGACCCCACAGACCAUUCUCCAGAAGUCAUCCUGAACAACUUCACCACACGCCUUGGCCACAGCCUCGGACGCAUGUUCGCUGCGCUCUUCCCCCACGAUCCGCAGUUCGUCGGCCGGCAGGUGGCGACCUUCCAUAACCAGCGGGACUUUAUAUUCUUCAGGUUUCACCGAUACAUUUUCCGGAAUGAGAAGAAAGUGGGCAUCCAGGAGCUGGGGCCCCGGUUCACUCUCAAACUGCGGUCGCUCCAGAAAGGAACGUUUGAUUCGAAGUUUGGGGAAUAUGAAUGGGUCCACAAGCGACACGAGAUGGACUCCAGCAGAAGAAAGUUCCACCUCUGAAACACUGAAAGAAGGCUGCUGGCAUCGAUUCUCCGGCCCAGAAGACCCCCGUGUUUUGCCGUGGUGGUGAUCCUGCUCCGAUGAAACCCGCUGUGUGGUGGGCUGUGCUGCAACUGUCAAACGAGGGCCAAAUCUGCAACAUCUUUCUUGUUAAAGUAACACACAUGAAUACAGGUUAUUUAUAUUAUUUUAAACCGGUUUCAAAUAUAUAUUUUUCAAAUCUCCAAAAAGGUAUUCCUUUUAUUUCUCUUAUGUCUGCCUUAAAGGUCUGGGAUGUUCCAUGAGAAAAAUAAGCUAUGAAGCAGGAUAUCAGUAGUAAGGAAAGCAAAACAACAGGUUUUGCCUUAUAAACAGUAUCCACAGUAUGUAUAUGUAUGUAUAUGUAUUUUUCAGCUUUUCACAUUGGCCUCAUGUAUACCUUUGACAGGAAUCUUACCAAAAUAGUACGGUAAUAGUAAAACAGGUAUAAUGGACCAGAAAUUGAAUAUCUGGUUAUAAUAUACUGCGGUUUAGAAUGCUCUAAAGCUGUACUUUUGUACGCGGUGCUUAAUAUUAACCGAAAGUGCAUUACUGCAUAAAUGGAAGCUCAUAAACGGAAAGUGAUCGUUUUAAGCUUGUAUAUAAUAAGUAGUUUAUGGUUUCUUGAGCUGGGCAGCCAGUGUGUCACUACGUAUGUAAUGUGUGUGAAAUGGGCAAAUAGACAAACAGAAAAUCAUUUAAGGAUCUCUUUGUUCUCCAUUCCUCAUACCAUUUUUGUAUUUUAAUCUGGGUCAGUAUUUGCUUAAUAUCAGAUAGGCCUGUUCUUUAUUUUUCCCAUUUUGGCAUCCUGAUACCACUUAUCUGGAAGGUCAGCAUUACGUCCUCCUAGGAAUUCACCAUAAACUAACCUUGAGAUCCCAGCAUUGAUGGUUGUAGCAAUGCUGCGGGGUUGUUUUUUAGACAGACAGAUACUAUUAUUGGUAAUAUUUCUGGCAAAUAUUAGUUGCACGGGUUUUGGAAGGAUCCAGAUACAAUUUUUAUUUUACAGAAUUCCAACAAAUUUUCCAAAAUUUGAUUUCAUGUAGGCAGUCACUCAAAUAUUCAGUGCUGUAACUGUGGGUCUUUUUACUGGAAGAAAUAUAAGAGAACACUUCCAUUUUUGAAAUAUUGAAUAAAAUGUGUUUUAAUUGGGA